AUGAUUCAGCUCGCUUUACUUCAUCUAUGGCUUCUGCUCGUACCAGCACUUGCUGGUAUGACCAAGACCGGCACACUCUGCACCGUCACUCCGUCCGGCACCAAGGAUGACAGCCCUUCCAUCAUGGACGCCUUCAAGCAAUGUGGCCAGAACGGUCAGAUUGGGAUAACGACAGGUGACUACACCAUCGCCAAAGUUAUGGACGUCCUGGACCUUAAGAACUGUGACAUCUCCAUCCGCGGCAAACUGACUUGGAGCGACGACAUCCAGUACUGGGUACGCAACAGCGUUAGUGUGACAUAUUCUCAACGAAGUACAGCAUUCCGUCUUGGCGGUGAGAACUUCACUCUGCAAGGUCACGGUGAAGCACUCUUCUUUGGCAAUGGGCAGAAGUGGUACGACGUGAACCGUGAUGGGAGCAACAUGGCCGGUAGGCCCAUCAGUCUGACACUCUGGCAUGCGAAGAACGACUGCAUAUCGGUUAAAGGCAACAGCAAAAACAUCCAUGUCAAGAACGCCACCUGCUACGAGUCUGGCGCCAUGGUGAUUGGCUCAAUGGGCAAUCCCACGAACGUUCCCGAGACGGUAGACAACGUACUCUUCGAAGACAUCACUGCCAUCCAUAGUUCCAACGCGGCCUGGAUCAAGACAUACCCUGGCCAAGGCCAUGUGAAGAACGUCACCUUCCGCAACAUCAAGUUUCAGGACGUCAACCAGCCUAUAUACGUCUCCCCGUGUAUCUACAGCUACCAGAAUUGCGAUUCGAGCCGCUUAAAAAUUAGCGACAUUACCUAG